AUGUUGAAGAUCUGGUCGAUGAAAAAGGAGCAGCAGAAGGCGGAAAACGCUGAAGGUGCGGGAGGGAAGAAGAAGAAGAUCACAGCCGCUCAGCUACGAGUGCAAAAAGAUCUGUCGGAGUUAUCCCUAGGCAGCACGAUGAGGACCAUCUUUGCCGACGCCGACGACAUCCUUAACUUCGUGCUCGAGAUCAAGCCCGACGAGGGCGUGUACCACGGCGGGCUAUUCACCUUCACCUUCAACAUGGACCAGAACUACCCGCACGAGCCGCCCAAGGUGCGCUGCCAGCAGAAGAUCUACCACCCCAACAUCGACCUCGAGGGCAAGGUGUGCCUGAACAUCCUGCGCGAGGACUGGAAGCCCGUGCUGAACCUGAACGCCGUUAUUGUCGGCCUCCAGUUCCUGUUCCUCGAGCCCAACGCGUCCGACCCGCUGAACAAGGAGGCCGCCGAGGACCUGCGCAGCAGCCGCGAGAACUUCCGGAGGAACGUCCGCACGUCGAUGACGGGCGGCAGCAUACGGGGCACGAGCUACGAUCGCGUCAUGUUCAACAGGGCUUAG